CCUGAGUUAGUUUAAAUAUUUUCGUGUUAUUGCCGCGAAUCGAACGUCUAGUUGAAAUAUGUUUGAUAUCCUAAUCGUAGUAUCAUGUUCACACUCGUCGGCUGGUUAGCCAGACAACAACAAUGUAGCAUGCAUGGUAGCAAAAACAGAGAGAAGGAUGGACUCUCUGGGUAUGAGGGGCCCAUCCCUAAACCAGGACUUCCUACACAGUGUGCUGAAUGCUGUUCCUCGUGGACUGACAGUGGGCCCCUCUCUAGCAAAUGAUGGCCAGUUGGGGCUCUGGUGUGUAGGACAUGCACUGCAGAAAGGGAUGCUUCUGGGUGUGGAAAACCAAAGCAACACCUUUGACCAAAGGGAAGACUUUACAGAGAGCUUGAUGGAAGAAGCAUAUCAUACGAUAAUCAAGGGGCAUCUUUGGGACAGGUGCUAUUGGAUUAGAUUUGCCUGUAAUGCAAGGAGAAAGGAUGAACAGAAUGUUACUGUUCAUGAGGUGGACGGAAGUCUCUGUCUAAGGGCCUGCAAAGACAUCAACCCAGGGACAGAACUUCUGCUUUGGAGUUUCCUAGCUGAUCCUCCGGAACACGAUGGAAGCCAAGGAGGGUCACUAACAACACCAGGCAAACCUCGCAAACAAGUAACACCUCGCAAGUCCAGGGAGGAUAGAUCCCCAGGUGUAAACUUCAUGGAGCAAGAGCUCAAGCUUACAGAGCCUGAGGAGCACACUGAAGAUUCAGACAUGUCAACUUCUCCACUGGGGUCGGUGGUGGAGGAGAGAAGCCAGGCUGGAAUCAAAAUGACCAAACCUCUUAUCUACAAAAUGAAAAAGAGAGGUGUGAGAGACUCUCAUUCCAGGGGUGAUAAAACGAUGGAACAGAGUGGAGAAGUUGACUCAGGCAAAAUAAUAAAAACAGAACGUUUCAUUCCAGAAAUAACCAAUGUGCAAUGCUCUAAUGAGGACAAACUUGUGAGUCCUGCAGACGAGCCUCCAAAGAACAGUGAAGAACCAGGUAAUGUGGUAAGAAAUCCCCAGGAGGAACAGGGGACACAGGUGGUCAGGGCCAGUUGCAGACUGGCUGCUAAACCCAGGAAGGUGCAUUCAUUAGUCAGCUGCAUCCACAAGCGUCUUCAAGGGUGCAAAAAUAGGUAUCUGGAUCGUCAAGUGACAUUGGAGGUUACGUCCAGAGUUGGUGAUGAAAAUGGACAAGCUUGCCAAGAAACAGACAUAAAAGAUAGAGAAAAUAUAAGCGCAGAUGAAAUCCGAAAGGAUAGUGACAAAGGGGGGAAGAAAGACCCGGAGGAGCUUACGACAGCUCCAGACCUCUUUAACAUCAGGGAAAGGAGGUAUACAUGUGACGAGUGUGACAAGAGUUUCUUUCAGCUCUGUCACCUGAAGAAGCACAAAUUCACUCACUCGGACCUAAAGCCUUACUUAUGCACAGAGUGUGGUAAGAAUUACAGCUCUCAAGAGAACUUCAGGGCCCACCUUCUGAUGCAUAAGGGAGAGAGGCCAUUCAAGUGCCAGCAGUGUGACAAGAGCUAUGGCCUGAAACGGGAUCUGAAGGAGCAUGAAGUUCUUCAUACAGGAGAGAGGCCUUUUGUCUGCGAUAUCUGUGGGAAGGCUUUUGCCCGCCGGCCUUCAUUACGUAUUCAUAGGGAGGCCCACCGCGCCAAGGAAGAAAAUUACCAUGCUCCUAAGCUCAAGUGCCCUGUCUGCGAUAAAGAACUGGCCAAUUCGGGCUCCCUUAGGAAUCACAUGCGCUUGCACACAGGAGAACGGCCUUAUGCCUGUCCCCACUGCAGUAAGACAUUCCGACAGCGGGGGAACCUUUUGGGGCAUCUACGCAUCCACACAGGGGAAAAGCCUUACAAGUGUAACCAUUGUAAUCAGUACUUCUCACAGGUGCCUGAACUCCGCAGACACCUCAUAUCACACACAGGGGAAGUCUACCUCUGCCCUAUAUGUGGCAAAGCCUUGCGGGACCCCCACACCUUGCGGGCCCACGAACGUUUACACACAGGGGAGAGACCUCACAAGUGUGAGGUGUGUGGGAAGGCCUACACCAUGGCCACCAAGCUACGCCGGCACAUGAAGUCCCACCUAGAGGAGAAGCCCUACAAAUGUCAGGCAUGUGGUGCUGGCUACACGCUAAUGCAGAGCUUGGUUCGCCACCAGCUCUCUCAUAAAAAGAGAGAAGAUCGGACAUCUGGGGAGCUAGCUGACGCUCUGGCAGCUCUGGAGUCUAGCCACUCUGCCCCUGCUAGAGGCAGACCUAGAAAGACUCCUCGCAAGACAGAGGUCAAGCCAUGGGUUGAUGUCACUGAAGAGAACAUGGAGAGUCAGACAGUAGUGUAUGUUCAGGCCAUCGAAGACUUAGCCAUGCCUAACUCAGGGGAGGUUGUUGUCAGCACCUAUGACUCGUAUCAUGAUAAUGCCAUAUCUUCUGUGGUAAUAGAGGAAGGGUUGGAACAGGAUUUGGGCCAGAUCCAGCUAAAUGAGAAUGUCAUUGAGAUAGUUGUCUCAGAUUCUAAUGAUAAGUGCAUUGUGGUAAGGGAGCACAAAACACACAGCAACCUGGUGAUUCUACAGGGAGAGGAUGGACUGAGCUCUGUGGCAGAGACAAUAGAGAUAGAAACAGGAGUUUAAAACUGCAAGUCACACCGUUUUGCUUUCUGAUGCUGUUUUUAUUUUUUAAAUCUUCAAAUAAAACCAAGAAUGUGAAGAAAAAAUGUUGUUUUGCCUGCUAGAUGUACUUUACCUAAAAGAAGACAAUAAGCAGUACUUAUUAGGAAAAUACAUUUGUCAUGAAUAUGAAAUAUGUUAUCACCAUCAGGAUACCCCAUUUAGAUUACUGGAGAAGGGAGCCAUAAUUGUCAACGAGUUAAAGAUAUCAGCAAAUAUUGACUCACAUCUGUGGUGGAUCUUGUCUAGCCACUAUCUACAGCAAAUGUUCUUUUCAAGGACUAUACUAAAACUACCUGCCCCUGUAUUUGAGGAAAUAUCUUAAUGGUUACAAAGAGAAAUCCUCAUGAAUAGUUUUUCUUUUUUAUCUGACUAAAAUAUAUUUGAUGUCUAGAGAAUGUUUAUGAAGGCUUAUUAAAUAGCUAUACUGUAUUUUAAUACACUGUUGUAAAUAUGGUCCAUCAACAAGACGAUCAUUAUUGUUGAAGACUCCAAUUAAAAUAGAGAAGUAACUCUGUGGUGGCUUUACAACAGUUGUAUGUGUUUUUGAACACGACUUUGACCAUUCACUCUUUAUCCAAUGCGUCAUUCAAUAUUUGGGUGCAAAUAUUUAGAUGGAUGGGACAGUCCGAGACUGAAUCAGCAAAUAUUCUGGUUUGGAGCAACUUUACUGUGAGUUUGCUAUGCUUGUCUAUGCAGCACACACUAUCAUACUCUAAAUUAGCAAAUGGCAGUAUUUAACAGGUUGAUUUAUUAUGUGUGUUUUUGACAUGGCCUUUGUCUUUAUCAUUUGAUAAUCCUCUUGUAAUGACUUAUUAGCAAACAUAUAUUUUUUUAUAAAGUAAUCCAUGAGUGGGCCCUGACAGAAAAUAAACCAUGGAGAAAGCUAUUCUUGACAUAGUGUGGAAAGCGUAUCCAUGGCUAUAGGUAAUAGUUGAAACUUUAAUGGAAAUACUGAGUGCAAUUUCCUGUUGUUGACAUGACCCAAGUGGGAGGCGCAGCCCCUAGUCAGUCUUAGUACAGUGGUUCAAUAUUAACCAGGUGGUUCAAUGUAACAGAAAGUGGGGGGUUUCAAUGAGUACUGGAUUUUGAGGGGGUGAGAAGGUUUGGUGAUGUCCUAGGUUUUGCAAGGAGUUCUGUCUUAACCAUCCGCAACAAUGGGUCGAAUACCCGCAA